AUGGCGGACCAUGUUGAAGAAACAAUGCAAACGCAAUAUAUUGGAACGUACCCAUAUCCCAUUGCAAUAUGGCCGCUGGCUGGUAGCGAAGACGCGCCGAAGGACAUCGACAUUCUCGACAUUCGAAGCAAUAAGGAAGAACAAGACUUGGCCUCUGAUCUCAAAGACAAACUCCAAUUACAAGGGGACGAUUACGAACGACGUGGCUUUCCUGCGACUCUACUCGACGCUCAGCAAGAGUUGACGUGUUUAGAAGAAAGGACAGCUGCUGAGACUCGGCUUCUGGAAAAUCAUGCAGAUGAUAUUGCGAUGUCUCUUUUGCCAGGGACAAUCAUCAUUGACAUUGGCUUUGGCUCUCUACAACAAACCAAAACGCUCCUCGAGGCAUUCGAGUCACAUCACAAAAUCGUGGACUACUACGCUGUUGGUGAGAACUGGGAUGGUCUGCAGAGAACACUCAAAAAGCUGGACGCCGGCAGGUUCAAUUACGUUCGUUGCCAUGGCUUGCUGGGCACUCCUCAGGACGGCCGAACCUGGAUUGCCAAAUAUGAGAACAAGCAGAGACCCGUAUGCGUUCUGUCGUUAGGGAGCACAAUCAGCAACAUAACCCGGGAAGAGACCGAUGCGUUCUGGCGUCAGUGGUCGGAACUGUUGACGGUCAACAACAAAUUCAACUCCAACAACGCUCGCAUUAUUGUCGGCCUCGAGAGCGGGAAGGAAUCGAGCAGCAAUACGAGCGACGGACAUGCCAGUGACCGUUCACAAGCCUACGACGAGCAGAAUCUUCAUCGACUUUUGGUCAACGCGAACGAUCAACUCGGUAUCAAAGCCUUCGAACCCUCGGAAUGGAUCAUGACCGCAGAGUGGGAUCCAGUCAGCAGGCCCUACGCAAACUUCCUUGUGCCUAAGAAGGACGUAACCUUGAAAGACGUCAAGUUGAAGGCGGGCGAAAAGAUACUUGUCGCACGCAGUUACAAGUACAGUGACGAGGACACGAAAGAGAUGCUGCGAAACAGCAAGUUGAAGGAGCUGCAACGGUAUACUGAUGAAGAUGGACAUUAUGGUGUUUAUGUUUUGGCGCCGUGUUAA